AUUUUGAUAGCUGCCGCUCGCUCACGUCCUGCCGUCUUGACUUGUGAUAUUAUAAUUUUAUAUUUUCAGUCGUCCUCCGCCGUAUUUUCACGUCCUCGUUCCAUUUUCGCACGUUCCUGAUCCUCAAGAAAAUACCAAUAUGGGUGGAGAGUUAGGAGAGCUGAAAAGUGACAUCCGUGGAGUUAUUACUACCAAAUUGUCUCCAUUUGAGCAGAAAGCAUUCAAAGGACUCUUUUCUCAUGGAGUUCCCAAUGCCAUUAAAAGGACUGCCUCUAAUAUACCUUACAUUGUUCCACCAAUGAUUGUUGGUUAUAUCGUCUACGAUUGGGCUGUACAUGCCCACCACGAAAGCUUGAGGAAGAACCCUGCUGACUUUGCCAAUGAUCAAUAAUUUUUUUUUAAAUUAAUGCUUUUUGAAAAUUCACCUUCUUAAAUUACUGUAGAAAAAAAUGUGUUUGUCAAACAUAAUUAUUUGUAAAGCAACAGGCAACAGUAAAAAGUAAUAAAAUGUUUUAAUUUGUUAUAUAGCUAAAAUAAGUUAAUCAUUUAAUAAAUUUAAAAAAAAUGGUUGAACAUACAUAACAAAUAUUUUUUAUUUAUUUAUAUUUUAUUUGGAAGUUAAAAUUGCAAUUAUUUUGUAAUUUAUAAACAACAAUUAGAUGAAUUUCAAAUGCCCAGUAUAAAUAUAUAUUAAGUAUAGUAGACAUAUGUGUGUGUUAAUAAGUGGUAUACGAUUUUGUUAUCUCCAUAAUAAUUACAGUUAAGAGACUUAUGAUUUAAAAAAAUAAGCAUUAUCUGUGUUCUGUCACCAAUUUUUUAGAUUUUUUUAGUAUCCAUAAUGCAAGUUUUAAGUAAAGAAUAUUUUUACAAUUUAAAA